AUGAGUCUGGCCGCUCCAGGCCUGCUUCCCAAGGCGGCCACUCCGCUCCGCAUCCUCGCCGCAUCUAGGCCGACUUGCCAAUUCUACCCCGAAAGACCGCAGUCCAACCUUCAGUCUCGAGGCCUCUAUACUGCUCCCUCGACCCGAUCUGCUCGACAUGCGCCUCGUCAACCAUCUCAGGCUAGGACAUUCCAUGCCACCGCUCCAUCAUUGGCCAAGGACCCGUACGCUACACUCGGUGUGAACAAAUCUUCCUCGACCGGCGAAAUCAAGAAAGCAUACUACGGUCUCGCCAAAAAGUACCAUCCCGACACCAACAAGGACGCCGGUGCUAAGGAAAAGUUUGCCGAAGCUCAAGCCGCAUACGAGACUCUCUCCGACCCUAAGAAGAAGGAGGCAUACGACACUUACGGCUCCGCUGCUUUCGACCAGAAUGGUGGUUUCAACCCCGGUGCCGGCGCUGGAGGCAACCCAUUCGCCGGUGGCGGUUUCGGCGGCUUUGGAGGCUUCGGCGGCGGUGCUGGUGCUGGUGGAGGUGCUCAGGGCUUUGGAGACAUCAACUUUGAGGAUCUUUUCAGCGCAUUCGGUGGAGGAGGCGCAAGAAGAGGCCGUGGAAGAGCAUCACCCUUCCAGGAAGAGAUUCUGGUCGGAGAGAACAUCGAGGUCCAGACCAACAUUUCCUUCUUGGACGCUGCCAAGGGUGUCACCAAGGACAUCAGUAUCACACCUUUGGUCAAGUGUAAGACUUGCGAAGGAAACGGCUUGAAAAAGGGCCAAUCGAGAUCUACUUGCAAGAGCUGUGACGGCACAGGCCAACGGGUACACUUCAUGCAGGGAGGCUUCCAGAUGGCGAGCACUUGCGGUGCUUGCGGAGGCCAAGGACAAACCAUCCCCAAGGGUGGUGCUUGUGGCGGUUGCAAGGGUGAGGGUGCAGUCCGCGAGAAGAGAACAGUGACAGUCGACAUUCCAGGAGGUGUUGAGGAUGGCAUGAGGUUGCGCGUUUCACAGGAAGGAGACUUCCCACCGACAGGCCAGGCCGCCAACCCCAAGGCGCGAACAGCGAACGGCGACCUAUAUGUCUUCAUCCGAGUCGCACCUGACCCGAAGUUCAGUCGCAACGGAUCAGACGUACUCUACACAGCAUCAAUACCGCUCACGACAGCCAUACUUGGAGGCGAAAUCCCAAUCCCUACACUGGACGGAGAAGUCAAGGUCAAGGUCGCGACAGGCACAGCAACCGGCGACCGCAUCACAUUGUCUGGAAUGGGCAUGAAGAAGCUUAACAGCCGACGUGGUGUAAACGGAGACCUCAAAGUCGAGUACAAGGUGCAAAUGCCCAAGUACCUGAGUGUCAACCAGAGGACGAUCGUCGAGAUGCUCGCGGAUGAGAUGGGAGACAAGAACGCCAAGCGCGUCAUGAACCUCGGAAAGAUGGCCGAAGAUGCUAAGAAGGAUGCGACGACGAGUGAGGAAGACUCGCACAAGAAUGAGGGAUUCCUCAAGUCAGCAUGGCAUAAACUCACCCAUCAGCAUGAGAAGCAAAAGGACGAAGCAAACAAGCAAGAGGAAGAGGACAAGAAGAAGUCUGGAUCGAGUUGA